AGAAUCUUCCGAUAUGAUUCUCCAUAGAGACAACAUUCAGUCUGCUGUGCUUCUUUGAGAGAGAAAUUGAGUAACUGCUUCUGAGAGGGUGAUCUUGAAAAAAAUGGCACGCAGAUAGAGUUACAAUGAUCUGGAUGAGAAUCACCGCAGGGAUGAAUGUGACUAAUAAGUCCUACCCAGUCCCAUCCUACCAUGGGGAGGAGAUCCUGGGCAACUACACCUAUCAUCAAAACUACACACUCGCCCCGCCACUUCAACAUGACAAGAUAAGCACCCCCUCACCUGCAGCAUGCGAGCAGCUCCAUAUCGCUGUGGAGGUAUUUCUGAUCCUCGGUAUCAUCUCUUUGCUGGAGAACAUCUUGGUAAUUGCGGCCAUAAUAAAGAACAAGAACCUUCAUUCCCCCAUGUAUUUUUUUGUUUGCAGUCUGGCUGUGGCAGACAUGUUGGUGAGUCUGUCUAACGCCUGGGAGACCAUCAUCAUUUACCUCCUCAACAACAGACAGCUGGUGGCGGAGGAGCACUUCAUCAGGCAAAUGGACAACGUGUUAGACUCAAUGAUCUGCAUCUCUGUUGUGGCAUCCAUGUGCAGUCUGCUGGCCAUUGCUGUGGACAGGUACGUUACGAUCUUCUACGCACUGAGGUAUCACAACAUCAUGACGGUCAGGAGAGCUUGUUGCAUCAUUGGAGGAAUCUGGACCUUCUGCACUGGCUGUGGAAUCGUCUUCAUCAUCUACUCUGAGACAACUCCAGUCAUAAUCUGCCUGGUCGCUAUGUUUUUCGCCAUGCUGCUCAUCAUGGCCUCCCUGUACAGCCACAUGUUCAUGUUGGCCCGCUCGCACGUCAAGCGGAUCGCUGCCCUCCCUGGCUACAACUCCAUCCACCAACGGGCUAGCAUGAAGGGAGCCAUCACGCUAACAAUCCUUCUGGGGAUAUUCAUCGUUUGCUGGGCUCCCUUCUUCCUUCACCUGAUCUUGAUGAUUUCCUGCCCUCGCAAUCUUUAUUGCGUGUGCUUCAUGUCACACUUCAACAUGUACCUCAUUCUCAUAAUGUGCAACGCAGUGAUCGACCCGUUGAUAUACGCGUUCCGGAGUCAGGAAAUGAGAAAGACUUUCAAGGAAAUCAUCUGUUGUUAUGGCCUGAGAAAUGCCUGUACCAACUUCUGGGCUCUAACUGAUAAGUACUGAGAAAAGAUAAUGAGAAGAUGAAUUGACAGGAUGGGUAGAAUACAUUUGAAACACAAGAAAUUCAAAUAUACUGGAUGUGCAAAACACACACUGUUCAGCAGUCGAGUGUACCAUCAGAUUCUAUCCACCAAAUCAUAAAAGCUGAAUUGGAGACUGCCCCCAUUAGUUUCUCUUAAUGCUCCAGUCUUUUAAUGGUUCAGUGUUGUUCCAGUGUAUCCAACAUUUAGACAAAGAGUUGAUUCAUGAGGUGUAUUAUCUAAACACCCAACCGGCACCAUCUGAGGUCAUGAUAUUUUGAAAGUGCGUCACAAAAAAAUUGUGUUAUUUUCUUUCCCCUUGACAUAUUUUCUGUCUUAUUAUGGCUCCCCUUUCAAAUCAAUGAGAUCCAUAAGUGUAUGACUGAUGAGACACACUCUGAGUCAGAGGUUUUUCCUACUAAUAUUAGUGAACUGUGGUGAUUGAAAGACAGCUUAUAUAUUUUCUAUUAAUCACAUGAUAGCAACCCCCAGUGCUGACUCAGCAGAGAAUGCACAUAUCUCUAAUUAACACUAUACACGAAUGAAUAGCAGAUGCAUUGAAGUCUGCAAAAAUAUUUUUUUCUAAAAACCUGCUUGUCCUGGACAUAAUUCUUUUAAUAUUCUAAGUUAUACACCGUUUUUAGUUACCAUUCACCCCAAUGUUACCACAAUGUUUACUUACUACUAUUGGCGAAUAUGUUGAAAUAUCUGUUAAAUAUAUUUCCCUUUAUCCACAUCAUGAAACUAUAUUUUUCUUUCAGCAUUGCAUUUGUCAUAUGUAAAUAACAUUUUGUUGGUCAAUGCCCUCCUUGUGAAUGGUGGAGAAACCCUCUACAGAAAAAAUUGUGCUGUAAAUAUACAUAUACAUCCUCACUAUUUAUGCCUUGAAAAUGCUGGAUAAUUUAUUCUACUUUGUCUAUUUACAAAUAGCUGUUGACUAAAUGGUUUGAAUUGGACCAUAUAUUUCGAUGGUCUUGAGAAGUCUUUUGCUGUGAUUUGCUACUAUAUAAAUGAUGCUGAAUGUCUCUCAGUUGAACAUUAUUUAUAUGUGGACAUGGAUUUUGACUAGUAAACCAUUUAGUGUUUCAGCUCAAUGAAUGUACAGCAGUGCAAGUAAGGAGUAACUUUGCUAUUUCUGUCAAAAAACAAAUUCUAGGAGAAAGUCUUUCCUUUCAGAAAAAAACUAAAUGACAAAUGAAAAAAAGUGGCAGAUAUGGAUGGCUGUCAUGUAACUCAUCAACAGCAACAAAUCUAGCUGGAGGCUAAAUAAGUGAAAUUAAACAUAAAAAGAUCAAGAUGGGUUGGAAAAGUGAGAUGCAACAUAUUCAUAUUUAAAUUAAUUGAGCUCACCAUAAACUCAGUUGUACAAAAAGCCAUUUAACCCUAUAAUGCCAAAUGUAUCAUAUUUGAUUCAUACGGUUUCUGAAAUGUUUUGCGUCUGACUCCUUU